CAUGAGCCAAACAUAAAACAGAGUUUUAAACUCUUGAAUGUAAGCUAGGAAAUUAAGAGAAGAGAAGGAGAAAUAGAAGUGUGUACCUCUUGAAGAGAGAAAGAAAAAUGGGUGCUUCACAAUCAAUCUCUGAAAAUUCCAUUCAUGAAUUCGCAGUAAAGGAUGCCAGAGGAAAAGAUGUGAAUCUCAAUGUCUACAAGGGGAAAGUUCUUCUUGUAGUUAAUGUUGCUUCAAAAUGUGGGUUUGCGGAGGCCAAUUACACUCAGUUAACUCAGCUUUACACCAGAUACAAGGGCAGUGGUCUUGAGAUAUUGGCAUUUCCAUGCAAUCAAUUUUUGAGGAAAGAGCCAGGGACUAGCCAGGAGGCACAAGAUUUUGUCUGUACAAGAUACAAGGCUGUAUAUCCCAUUUUUGGGAAGGUACGUGUGAAUGGACCAGAUACAGCUCCUGUUUAUAAAUUCCUGAAAUCACAGAAAUCUGGAUCUUUGGGGGCUAGGAUCAAGUGGAAUUUCACUAAGUUUUUAGUCGAUGAGGAAGGUCAUGUCAUCCGCCGCUAUAGCCCAACUACCCCACCAUUGGCCAUUGAAAAUGACAUCAAGAAGGCAUUGAGGGUGGCUUGAGAGGCUCUACAACUAUUUCAGACCAUUGCUAGUGUGCUAAAGAUAUCUUGAACCAAAAAAAAAACACACUCCAUUGAUUUUUUUAGUGUUUGUUUAUAAUGCAUAUUCAUGUCUAUGGCUUUAUUUGUGUUGUUGUAUGAAAAUAUUCUUUGAUCCUUUGUAUAGUACUUGUUGUGUUGAAGAAUUGAUUCCAAGGAAAUUGUUCAAUUUAGUUUAUUGUUAACUAAAUGUCAUUGUGGGCAUGGUUGAUUGAGGAGGUUGAAUCCUUCACAAGUUGCUUGUACAACAAAAACUUGAGAAGAUAAAAAGUGAAUAUAUUUCAUUUUCUCUCGGGUCAAAUUUUAUUCUAAUAACAUUCCUUCUCCCUGAUUUUAUUUCA